CGUGGUACAAAAAUUUCAUUUUCUUUCACAUCAAAAUCAGCUGUGAACAUCAGUAUGGCCGCUCCAUUAUCUAAAAAAUAAAAUUUGUUUUGUAAAAUCAUACAAAAAAAUAGUAAAGUGCAGUUUUCGUACUUACACCAUCUUAUUGUACAUUUUGCGAAUAGUGUUGAUGUUGACUAAAAGUGUUGCGUCAUGACAGAGACCUCUCACUGACAAACAAAUACAAUAAAAAUUGCGACUCGCUUAAUACGGCGACUUAUUGUAAUUUCUAUUUGGCUCGUAUAACGUUUCUGUCGUUCGGUUGAGGGCUGAUGUUAUUACUGAAUCGUUAUCGAAAUUUAUAUAAUGAGUAGUGUUAGAUUGAGUUUUGUAUCCGUGGGAAGGAUAGCAGUGAGAAGAAAUUCACAAAUAUCGGGUGCUCAGCCAUGUCGCACUCUACGACGGACGUGCCCUCGAGAGUUCAGCACUUGCUCGGUGAUGUGCAAGAGCCCCACCGAGCAACCACCUGGCCCGCCACACCCACAUCCACCGAAAGACACUGCUAAUGCAGGUUCAACAACAGGUGGCAAAAAGUCUGGGUCCGGAAACAACAAUGGCGUCCUCACGUGCCCAAAGUGCGGCGACCCCUGCACCCACGUAGAGACAUUCGUUAGCUCCACACGGUUCGUCAAGUGUGAUAAGUGCCACCAUUUCUUCGUGGUACUCAGUGAGGUUGACACUAAGAAGAGCAUUAAAGAUAAUGCGGAAAAUAAGUCUGGAUUCUACAGAAAACCUCCACCACCUCCGAAGAAAAUCUUCGAAUACCUGAACAAACAUGUUGUUGGUCAAGAGUACGCUAAGAAGGUGCUGUCAGUGGCAGUGUACAACCACUACAAGAGGAUUUAUAACAACGUGACCAGCGCCACGCCGACAGAUGCCCACCAUCCCUUACAUCAUACGCACAGAGAUCUCCUCCACUUAAGUCACGGCAACAACAGCGGCGGCGCGGAGGUGCUGGAACGCCAACAUCACGACUUGAGGCUAGACAAGAGCAACGUACUGCUUCUGGGACCCACUGGAUGCGGUAAAACUCUAUUAGCACAAACGAUAGCGCAAUGUCUCGACGUGCCGUUUGCGAUCUGUGACUGUACGACGCUCACACAGGCCGGCUACGUCGGCGAGGACAUCGAGAGUGUCAUCGCCAAACUGUUGCAGGACGCCAAUUUCAAUGUCGAGCGAGCGCAGACUGGUAUCGUGUUCUUAGACGAGGUCGACAAAAUUGGUGCAGUGCCCGGCAUACACCAACUUAGAGAUGUCGGAGGCGAGGGCGUGCAGCAAGGUAUGCUGAAGAUGUUGGAGGGCGCCGUAGUGUCCGUGCCCGAGCGGAACUCGAGGAAACUACGCGGAGACGCCGUGCAGGUCGACACCACCAACAUACUGUUCGUCGCCAGCGGGGCUUACAACGGACUCGACAGACUGGUGCAGCGUCGCAACAACGAGAAGUACCUUGGGUUCGGCGCGUGGGACCCGCGGUCGGGGCGGCGCGCCGCGCUGGCCGCCGCCGCCAGCGACGCCAGCCCGCUCGACUCCGCGCGCGCUGAGAACGACGAGCGCGACGCAUGGCUACGGAAGGUCCAGGCGCGGGACCUCAUCGACUUCGGCAUGAUACCGGAAUUCGUCGGAAGAUUCCCCGUUUUAGUACCUUUCCAUAGUCUCAAUCAAGAUCUGCUCGUACGGAUACUAAAGGAACCUAAAAAUGCUAUGGUAUCUCAAUACAAACUGCUGUUUGCGAUGGACAAGUGCGAGCUGACGUUCAGUGACGAGGCGUUGAAGGCUGUCGCCGCGCUCGCCAUGGAGCGGAAGACUGGGGCUCGAGGCCUUAGAGCUAUCAUGGAGAACCUGUUGCUGGAGGUGAUGUUCGAGAUCCCGGGGUCGGACAUCUCGUCGGUGCACAUCCACGAAGGCUGCGUGUCGAGGGCGGAGCCCCCGCGCACUGCGCGGCGCCGGGACUCCGCCCCCGCGCGCCCCGACCCGCGCGACCUCGACGACUGGCCCUCGGUGCGCCUGCACAACUAAUGUCGUUACUACUACGGCGGUCUGGCCAAGAUCGCAAAAUGGAUGUUCUAUGUGAUAUUUUAGGCUCAAGGCUACAGUUAGGCAACCAUCUGUCACUCAUUCGUGUGUGGUGUGAGCGGAAACAAGUAUGGUGGAUACAGACGACUCGUCCCGCGCUACUCGAGCCCCACUCACGUCGGUGGCUCGCGAGAACAAUCGAGGUAAGAACGUUUGUUACUCAUGUAGACUCCGCACCGCAGUGCGGUCAAAUACUGUUGAAAAAUUAAAAAAAAAAAUCCUUUUUGUUUAGUGCUUUUUUUGUGAAAUUGUACGUUGUGACGUUCGGGAGUCCUGUUCUUAUAAGACUUAGUAAUCCUUACAUCAUUCCUGUUGUGGGUUUGAUCGGUACUCGAUUUACGGAACGCUAAAUUUUCUGUUAUCACGCCAUCCGUAAUGCUAGUACCAUCCAUUGUAAAGUAUGCAUGUUCUAGUUAUGAUACUUGUAUUAGCAAUUUGCCGAACUCAGUGUUUCAUACAAAUGUAGUUUUAAUGUAAUAAUAUAGAUGUGUCCUAUACCAGCAUUUUAACACAACGGCCGAGUUACAUUGUAAACAGAACAACAGUUUUGUAACAAUAAGUUAUUGUAGAAAAUUUAGGGACUCCUGAGUAAGCAUAGUUCCAGCUAGCAUUUCAUGAAAAAUGUAAUGGUUUGAAUUAAAAGUUUUCUAUGUGAUUUAUUUAAAAUCUUCUCGAUUCUAUUCUAAAUUCAAAAUGAGAGAAAACUUUUUGUUUAAACCUAAAAUAAGACCUUUUGGGUCCUUACUGUUAGUUCCUUACGUUAGUUUAUGUUGGAAAUGAAAUGUUGUAUUGUAAACAACCACCAUACAACAUACUCUUGUGAUGUAAAUUACUGUAAAUAAUAAAUAAUAAUGAUUAAUAGAAAAAAAACUGUUAUUAUUAAGUUUUAUUAAAAUAGGGUUCAUUAUUGUACAUCCCAGAUAAGUUGUAAGUACGAAAAGUCACACGCAGAUGUUGUUAGUAUAAAAUAGAUGUUUUUUAUUUCGGCCGGCAACACUGAGAAGGAAUGACGUUUUGACAUUUUGUUAAUUAUUAUACAUAAUAUUUUUUUUAUUUAUAAAUGGAUCGUUGUGGUGUGAUUAUAGUAAGUGUGAAUAUUAUUUUGUUAAAAAACCUCCAAAAAAUUAUGUCUAAUAUAAUUCUGGACUUGUGAUAGGAUAAAUUUUAUGGCAUGUUGAUAUAAUCACAUUGCAACUCGAGUAAAAUAGUAUAAGCCUAUUUUCAAUUUAAAAUAUAAAGAAAACCAAAUACUGAUUGUUUUAUUUCAUUUUAUUUUAUUUCCAUCACAUACACAUCCCUUACCUUUAAAAUUAUUUUUACAAAAGAAAAACUGACAGAGUUCAACACCCUGGCUCUUCUACUUAAUAUUCUAAAAUAUUCUAAAAUCUAAGAUCGGUAUUUUACACACAUUUAGUUCGAGAACAAAAAUGAGAAAUAUCAUUCUAUUACACUUAACUUUGACUUAUUAAACUACAUAGUUUCUGUUCCUGUCAAUCUCUUUGUAACUUUCAGUUUUAACAAUGUCUAGUAAAAUAUCCACUACUCGGUAAACUUCUUCGUAGCUCGUGUACAGGGCUGUUGGAGUCACACGGAUUACGUUGGGGUCUCUGAAGUCUGCAACGAUACCUCUUUUCUUCAUUGCUAUACUGAUUCUGUAACCUUCAUCAUGUUCCAAACACACGUGUCCACCCCUCUUACUAUCUUCACGCAGAUUCCCAAUAGUAAACCCGUAAGCAGACAGUUUCUUCUCAAUGAGGUACAUCAAGUACCCUGUUAUGUGUAAAGACUUCUUCCUCAUAUUCGAUACACCGGCUUCGUUAAUCACUUUCAAAGCCCCUUCUAAAGACGCCAUUGAUAAAACAUUAGGCGUUCCAAUCUGCCAUCCAUUCGCAUCUUGUUGGUGAUCAAAUUCCUGUCUCAGCAGAAAUUGCGUCUCGAUCUUGUUGCCAUACCACCCAGCUAGACCCGGUAACCUUUUAAAAUGUCUUCUAUUGACGUAUAUGGCUGCUGAAGAUCCAGGGCCUCCGUUCAGAUAUUUAUAAGUGCACCAGAUUGCAAAAUCAGCGUCUAUUUCUUUUAAAUUGAUUUCUAUUGCGCCAACGCCGUGACAAAGGUCCCAUCCGAUAAGUAUACCUCUUUCUUUAGCUGCUUUAGUUAUUUUUACCAUGUCUAACACCUGAGCGCUUCUGUAGUACACGGUAGGCAAGAAUAUCAGCGCCACAUCUUCUGUCAUCGCGUUUAUAAUAUCAUCUUCAUCCAUAAAGUUUCCUUUACUCUUCACAACUUUAACUGCAUCUUUUGGAUCGUAACCUUGCAGUAAUACUUGGCUAUCCACAGCGUACCGGUCUGUAGGGAAGUUGAUGUCGUCCACCAGUAUCUUGUACUUGUCCUUUGUAGGUUUGUAAAAGGUACUUAUUCCUUGAUGUAUGUUAAUUGUUGUACCACCAAAGACAGCAAUCUCAUCAGGAUCAGCCCCUACUAUGGGAGCCAUGAGUUUUGCUAAGUAUCUAGAGUAUAAAUAGUAUUUGUUGUCUUCGACUGUCCAUAUUUUAAUUCCUUCCUCUUUCCAUCUUUCCAUGACUUCUAGCACACAUUCUUCAGCGUCCUUCGUGGCUAGACCCAAGGAAUUGCCACACAUGUAAAUGCUGUCUUUCUUGAGGAAAAAUCGUUGUCUGAAAUGUCCCAUGGGGUCGUUGUUAUCCAGAGAUUUUGGAUAUUCAGAAUCAUCUUGAUAUGGCACGUUCAUUUUCUUUUCACUUGUUUCGACUUAAUGUAAAAAUAUAGGCUUUAAGAUAAUUGCCGAAUUUAAAUACACAACUGAUAUCUCGAACGAAUCUUCUUAAUUAAUAAAAAAUGUCAAUCAAAUUAGUUACUUUUAAGGGUCUCGAGCCGACGUAAUA